GUGCAGCGAGAGGGAGGUGAAUAGCUGCGGUGCGUCCAGAUUCCCAAAGACCUUGUUUGGACACCGCUUUUGCCGCCGCCAUCUUAGCAGGCUUUCGCAACUUCAAUCUGGGGCGGGUUUUGCCAGCCAGUCCCGCCUCUGCGGUGACCUCACGCGCCGCAGGUUCAGUCCCCACGCGCUCGGCUCCUGGCGGCCGGGCGACAGCGGCGCUGAGGGCCCGGGAUGCCAGCCUUGCUUUUCCUGCCAUUGCUGUAGCCCCCGUAGGGCGAAGGCAGGUAAACGAGGGCGAGGCGUUCUCUCCCUUCCUCUCCCGCUUCUCGAGACACCUUCAAAACAGCUGAAGGCGGAGGGAGCAGUUUGAGGAGACUUCACGCCGCGCCUAGUUCACCUUGCGAAGCUGGCUGCUGCUCCUACUCUAGUAUUACUACUGCUGGUGUUGCGGGGAAAUAUGGAGAGCGCUUGGGUGGGCUGGAGACAGAGCCGCGUGCGAAGCGUCGGGGCUGAAAAAAAAAUCCAACGAGGCCUCCGAAAGUGAAGCAACCCCGAAGAGCAGGCACGUGAAGCGGGAGUUCCCGUCCUUCUGCCUCUUUUUGCGGCCGCCUGGUUUGGGAGUAUGGCUUUGCGUUUGUCAGAUAAGAAUCUAUAAGUUACAUUUUCCGAAGUGGUGAAUGAAUAUGGAUAUUUACACGUAUGUCAGCACAAAGAAUCUCUCUUCUUCAGCCAAUAUGUCCAGUCUUCUUUCAAGCCGAUUUGGGUACCAGAUGAACUUAACCAGCGAUUCUCCCUCUAUGUCAAUAAGUAAACUUUUUCCAGCCUUGUUACAAUGCUUUGGCAUAAUCCUUUGUGGCUAUAUAGCUGGAAGAGUUAACAUAAUCACAUCAACUCAGGCCAAAGGACUAGGAAACUUUGUCUCCUGCUUUGCACUCCCUGCUUUAUUGUUUAAAAACAUGGUUGUACUGAAUUUUUCCAAUGUGAAUUGGUCCUUCCUGUGUAGCAUCCUGGUUGCCAAAGCAUCUGUGUUUUUAUUAGUCUGCAUUUUAACAUUGUUGAUAGCAACUCCUGAGAGGCGGUUUAGCAAAGCUGGACUCUUCCCUAUUUUUGCUACUCAGAGCAAUGACUUUGCACUGGGAUAUCCUAUAGUUGAAGCUUUAUAUCAAACUACAUAUCCUGAAUAUCUCCAGUACAUCUACCUGGUUGCACCAAUAUCUCUUAUGAUGCUAAACCCCUUAGGAUUUAUCUUCUGUGAAAUCCAGAAAUCAAGAGACAAUCAUAACCUUUCUCACAGUAAUAUCAAGAUCGUGGGACUUGGGCUUCUUCGAGUGUUGCAGAACCCAAUUGUAUUUAUGGUCUUCAUAGGAAUUGCCUCAAAUUUCAUUCUUAAUCAAAAGAUUCCUGAAUAUUUAGAAAACUUCUUUGAUGGACUUGCCAGUUCAUUUUCUGGCUCAGCACUUUUUUAUCUGGGCCUCACUAUGGUGGGUCAGUUAAAGAAACUGACAAAAAGUACAUUUGUUGCGCUGAUUCUUCUCAUCACAGCUAAACUACUGUUGAUGCCACUUCUAUGCCGGGAAAUGGUGGAACUGUUGGACACCAGUGGCAGCUUGGUCAACCACACCAGUUUAUCAAACUAUGCAUUUCUCUAUGGCGUUUUUCCAGCAGCUCCUGGUGUAGCUAUAUUUGCAACACAGUUUAACAUGGAAGUUGAAAUUAUAACCUCUGGUAUGGUGAUCAGCACUUUUGUCUCUGCCCCUAUCAUGUAUGUUUCUGCUUGGCUAUUGACCAUCCCAUCUAUGGAUCCAACUAGACUGGCAUCUGCAAUCCAAAAUGUUAGCUUUGAUAUUAGUAUUGUCAGUCUUGUCUCUUUGGUAUGGUCCCUUGCUGUUAUUCUUCUGAGUAAAAAGUACAAGCAGCUUCCUCACAUGCUUACAACUAACUUACUUAUUGCUCAGUUUGUAGCUUGUGUUGGAAUGGUAAUGUGGAAUUUCACUAUAAAGGAGGGAAGUAUCAUUCUGCAGAUCCUUGUGUUCAUCUUCCUGUAUAGUUCACUUUAUAGUGCUUUUUUGUGGACAGGUUUCUUAUCUUUCUCACUGCUGCUUUUGAAAAGAAGAGAAGCCAUAAAGAUCCCUGUUCUGUUUGUUGUCAUAGCUGGCUGGGGCAUCCCAGCAGUUCUUGUGGGAAUCCUGCUAAUAGCUGGUAAACGCUCUGAUAAUAUCAUUGACUCUGCGUUUUUUUAUGGAAAAGAUCAGAUGAUUAUCACAGCAGUAAUUGUAUUUGUCAGCAUAUUGAUAUCCGGUGUAUCACUCAUGUGUAUGAACAGAUCUGGAGUGGAGGCCAACUAUGAGGCACUGAAUCAACAUUCCCAGCACAGUCAAACAGAGGAAACGGAAAGGGAAGUGAAUGAGCCAAGUAGCUCUCCAACCAGCACUUCUCACAGCACAUUGGCAGACUCUUCAAUAGAAAAAGAGUGCUGUGCGUGCCAAAAGCCAAAUGGAGGGUUAUGCUGUUCUGAAGGAGAACCAAGAUUUAGUACUAGGGUCAAUGAUAACUGCACUCCGUCAAUUGAGACAGCAAAUCGGUGUUUAAGUCCAUGUAGUUCUCGGAGCUGUGUAUUGGCCCAGGAAGAGCAGAUUCUGCAAACUGGAGACAAACAGCUGGCUAGACAUGUGUUGCUCUGCUUGCUUCUGAUUGUGGGCCUCUUUGCUAAUCUAUCCAGCUGUUUGUGGUGGUUGUUCAACCAAGAGCCUGGAAGACUGUAUGUGGAACUGCAGUUCUUUUGUGCUGUUUUUAAUUUUGGUCAGGGAUUCAUUUCUUUUGGAAUUUUUGGUUUAGACAAACAUUUAAUUAUUCUUCCAUUCAAAAGGAGGCUUGAAUUCCUCUGGGGUAAUAGAACAGUGGAACGGAGUGAAUCCUCUGUACCUGAGGAAGUCCGGAUGACGUGCCAACAAUUUGUUAAUUACCACAAAGAUGUGUGUGUAAGGAACAUUGUCAAAGACAGAAGUUAUUCAUCUUGGCUUGCUCUAACUCCUAGAACACAUGCUUCCUAUAAGAUAAGCAGAAACACUCACUAUCACAGGUGUGGCACAAAGACUGUGACUGGGGUCUUCUAUGGCUGUGACCUGGUAAACUGGCUCAUUGAAGUUGGCCUUGCCUUAGACCGUGGGGGAGCUGUGGUGUAUGGAGACAGACUGGUGAAAGGAGGCAUCAUCCAGCAUAUUGCCAAUGAAUUUGAGUUUCGGGAUGAACAGUUGUACUAUCGCUUUGUACCCAGGAGAUAUGCAACAAAAGAAAGCAGUGGAAAUGAGGAUGCACUUAGAAGCUAGCCAGAAAGGGUUUGUUUGAACUCUUUGCUAAUACUUAGUUCAAGCUCUCUUCUAUGACGUUCUCUCCAUGAUAAUAUGGUUCUGUUUGUGUCCUACCCAAAGAUAAUUAUGUCUCAUGUGUUGAAUACUAACUGAGUCAUUUCAGGGAAUUAAUUUAAAUCAUGAAAAUUCAAAGUUGUAAUAUGUUGAAUAAUCAGUUUUGUUUUUUGUUUUCUAAAUAACAACAGCUUCAAAAUAGUUUUCUCUCCUUGCCUGUGCAAACAGUGCUGUCCAAAAGUCCGCUCUUGAGGAAAGGGUUGUGUUCUCUCUUCAGGUUAAUUCGUUUUUGUAUCAUGUGAUGCACUGACAAAAAGAUCAGAUAUUAAAACACAAUUUGGUUAGUCUGUUAUUUCCUUUUGAAGAUAAAAUCCUCUAUUUGUGCUGACAUAAUGACUGUGAAGAUUGAUGUGGUAUCUGAGGAUUAGAACUGAGAAAACAAGCAGAUUUUUGCUGUUAGUAGUUCUUGUUCUUGGGUGAGCAAGCCAUUCAUUUUAUUUAAAGAACAAAAAAUAGUCUGCAAUCCUGUGUACUAUCAGACUGCUUAAAUCCAAUUGAAAUCCAUGGGAUUUAAAGCUGAUGCAUGCAGCAUUUGCUGCCUAAGCAUAAUUUGUUUUCCUAGCUUCAUAUAUUGUUCUGAAGUGAGUGACUUAUAACUACAGUACUGAAAACAGAGCCAUUUGUUUUUACAAAUAAAUAGAUUCUGACUUCAGUUGAUAUAUGUGAAGUUAUGGUUACUUUGCACCUCUAAAUUAGACCAAAAGCCUAUAAAGACCAAAUACUUGAAUUAGAUUUGAGUAGUACCUUCAAUAUGCAACUUAAAGAAUUUAUUAAUAUUUUGUUGGGAAGCCUUGCAAUAUGUAUUUGAAGAACUGUCUUCACAAGCUCCUUAAUGAAUAAAAUCCCAACAAAUUCAAUAAACCCUUUCUCAUUGCAACUUCUCUAUUUUUUAUGCUUGUGCUUUUUUGUGUACAUAAAGGAGCGCUGAAUUUUAAAGAUGUCUUAUUUUUUACUCUUAAGAUAUUCUAUUGUGACCAUUUUAUUGACGUUUUUAAAAGGCAAGAGGAGUGUUAGAACACUUUUUUCUCACUCUAUUAACUGGAAGAAACAAUUUGUCACGUGACUUUGUUUCUGUAUCUGUAAUCUGUUACUUUGCCUAACCUUUAACUUUUUUUUUAGAUGGUGUGUGUGUGUUGUAGAGGUACGGAUGAUGUUGAAAACAGGUUUUUUGGACUUGUGGCUCUUUUCCUCUGGAGUAGGAGUCAGGGCUAGUAGCCUAAUCAACAUUUCAAUAACCAUUGCAUGUACAUGCAUGAGAAAUGUACAGAUAAAGCACUUGUUUUUGCUGUCACACAUGUAAUCCAUUUUAUGUCAACCUUGCACAUGAAUUGACUGACAGUGCUUCUUCUGUAAGGUAUACAAACGGGCCUAUCUUUCACAAAUGUAAAAACCUGUAUUUUGUAUAAAGUGUGGUAUUAAUCUGAUCUGCAGCUGAACUGGCAGGAGUGCUCCUAUUACAUUUCAAAAGCCAAUCAUGCAUUUGUCGAAUUUGAGAAUUAUGGAGAUGUGUUUUGGAACUAGUUGGUAUUUUUGCAUUCUCCAUGUUGCAGUUUCUCAAUAAAUCCAGAUGUUUUAUAUUGUUGUCCUGGACACUCCUUUUCAGAGUUGAAGAAAGCUCCUGCAUACAGCCUUAUGUCCAGCACAAUUACUUAUAGUGGGACCUGCUACUUUUGCACACUCACCCAGUUGAUAUUACCAAAGUUUAGAUAAUACUAGGGUAAUGCUUAGGUUAGACCAAGUGAUAAUAUGUGAGCAUGGCCGUGGUCAGUAACGAGGGGAGUUGUAGUCCAACAACAUCUGGAGGACCACAGGUUAGCCAUUCCUGUGUGAGAUAAUGUUUGGAUACUAAUGGCAUAUCAAGCACAAAAACGUGGCAGUUAUUACAGUGGUAGACUAUUCACUUCUGGAGCUUAUGACAUUCAGGCUCUAGUAACAAUUGAUAUACUGUACUCAACCCAAGAAAACAUACUGUCUGUCCCAUAUAAAAUAAUCCAAGUGUUCUUGUUACUGCAAAUGGAAUAGAAGGGGGGUAGUAACUUUUGUGAAUUCCUCUAGCCCCUGAAGUUUCCCUUCAGCUUUCUCUUCAUUUAAAUGUUUUAUAUUAUACUUUAGCUCUUAACCUGUUCACAUUUUCUUUUCCGCAUCUAAUUGAGCAUUGUGAAGAUACAGGAUUUCCCAGUAGUUAUCAAAUUAUAUUGCCAAUAAUUAAACUGUACUGGGGUCAGUGGUGGUGUCUGGGCAGUAAGACAGCUUCCUGCUGGAUUUAGGCUUUCAGCUGGAGGAUAUGCUGUGAAGCUGCAUGAUAGGAUAGUAGUUAGGAUAACAGUCAAAAGAAUUACUAGCUACCUUAAUUUUGGGAAGCACUUUGCUUGUUUAUAAACCACAAGUACUUCUGGUUCGUAUAAAUGACAAGUAGAAGGAGGUUUGAGUGUCCCUCAGUUUCAGCUUUUUAAUGAGGCUUGUAAUCUGAAACAACUACUUCCAAUUGUUAAAGGUAAUUAUGAAGUGAAUUGGGUGGGAAUGGAAGCACCCAGACCACAAAUCUUGAUUAGAGCUUUGCCUUUUAAUAAAUUUAACCCAUUUAAAUUGCAAGAACUUUUAAACCCUUAUCCUAAGGUCACCAUUAUGAUUUGGAAAAGAUGUACAACUCUUUUAACUCCUUUGGACUUGCCCCCUUUCCCAUUCUUGGAACACUCCAGGUUUCGAAACCCAUUCAAAUGUAAUCAGUAUAAGCACUGGGAAUCAAAGGGGCUUUAUAAAUUAUUGGACUUGUUUGUGAAUGGUAACCCCAGCACAGAAGAGCAAAUGCAGCUCAAGCUUGGUGGAAUACAGCCGCCUUGGCUCCAUAUAGCACAAGUUAGAUCGUUUGCUAAAUAUAUUCAAUGCACACAAAGGCCACCUCGACAGAUGACCUUCUAUGAGGAAUUGUGUGUAAAGUUCUAGUAGCAACUUAAAGGGAAUGAUUUCUUUAAUAUAUAAAGGUCUUUUGUCAGCUUGUGUUGGGAUGGCUUUGGGUUUGAAGUUGCUGUGGGAAGAUGAUAUAGGCAAAGAAAUAGUUAAUAUUUGGAAUGGUCAGUAGCAGAGACCUCCUUUUUACGCCAUUUUGGCAUGGGUGAAAGAAUCCUUGUUGAAAGCAGUAUGUUUAUGGUACUGUGCCCUACAUGGAAUUAAUCCAACCAUCACACCUGAUUGCUGGUGAGGUGUGCAUACUUCUACAUGUGGUGGAUGUGCCCAGUAAUGGCAGCAUUCUGGACCAGGGUGUUCCAGGAAAUUAUGGCCGUAGUUGUUCAAAUUGUGCCUCCGAAGCCAGAUACAGCCCUACUGUCUAUCACACCACGAGAAAUGUAAUGUUUCUUGUAUAAAGGUUUGCUUUUAUUCUAUUAGCAGCGGCCAAGCGGGUUGUAGCCCAACACUGGUGCUCUACUUUGCCCCUUACAAAAAAUUUUUGGUGGCAAACGGUUUGGUAUCUUGCUCUUAUCUUGCAUCUGACACAUCAAAGUCAUUGGAUCAAGGGAUCCCACUGAAGCACAUUUUUGAAGGAUGAUACAUGGAUGCUAUUACAAUCGGCCUUCUGGAUGGGUGUGAUUCAGAUGUGAUGGUUUUUGGAGGAGUUCUGCUGUAUUGAUGUCAUUGGGCUCUGGUGUUAAACUGAUGGUGUACUGUGUCUCCUGGGCCCUUUGUUACUACAUUUCCCCCCUUUCCCCGGACAUCUGUGACUGUUUUGUUUUAUUCUUGUUAUUGUUCUAGUGUUUGUAUGUUAU